CCUCUAAUAGCGCUGCCUGCGCGUAGGCGACGCAGUGUUGCGUGUUGAUUCGGAUACACCACUGAGCGCCGACAGCGAAGGCGGACGCACGGAUCGUCUAACCACUGUGUAGUAUUUGAAAAAGGGACCACUUCAGCGGACUGCGAUGCACUGAGGUAGACGCCAGAAAGUAGACAGCAGACAGAAAGUGCGGUUGGUUGUCGGUGGAAUCAGUCUCACGUUAAGUGGAAUGUUGCUUUUGGAUUUUUGAGGAUGAACAACCACUGAAACUAACCUUUAUCUUUAAAAUUAUAAACAAGGACAACUCAAAACAAAGCUGAACAAGCGACUGUGCGGACUAAAAUAAGAGUAGUGUUAUUAAACGAACAUCGGACUACCUGCUUUUCUUAUUUUAAAUUUAAAAUGGAGAAAGAGGAAUGCAAAAUAUCUGUGUGGGUUUGCCGUGAGGAGAAGCUUGUCUCCGGGCUGUCAAGACGCACUACCUGCGCCGAUGUUGUCAAAGUACUUCUGGAGGAUCAGAACUUGCAGCAAGGCGUUUCUGCAGCUAUGCUCUCCGGGACUCCCCAGUCUUACUGCAUAGUGGAGAAAUGGAGAGGAUUUGAAAGGAUUUUGCCGAACAAAACCAAAAUUCUUCGUCUGUGGACAGCGUGGGGCGAGGAGCAGGAAAACGUGAGGUUUGUGCUAGUGAAAAACGAGGCGUCUUUACCCAACAACGGUCCCAGAAGCGCAGAAGCACGGGUAGUUCUUAGCAAGAACAGCCCAUGUAUGUAUAAGGGAACGGCGCGGGUGACAAUGGCUUUCUCGCAAGAAAAACAGCGGCGGAUUGUCAGAAAAGCUUUCAGGAAGUUGGAUAAAAUUAACAAAAAAAGAGAGGAGGCUUUGUCCAAAGAUACGUCCUCUGUUGAGAAAAUGGAAACUUUGGUGCACUUGGUGAUAUCGCAAGAUCACACCAUCCGCCAGCAGAUCCAAAGGAUUAAAGAACUGGACAGGGAGAUUGACAGAUACGAAGCGAAAGUGCACUUUGACAGGAUGAAAAGGCACGGAAUCAAUUAUGUGCAGGACACGUAUUUGGUUGACGCUGACCCGGAGUCCGAUGCGAAUGGGGACAGUGACAAGCCGUUUUCCGCCGAAAGUUUUGCCCAGUUCGAGGAGUAUGCCAGAAGAUGCGAGGAAGUUAUUAAGCUGCAGGAGGAACUGUCUGCACACGAGGCGCUCAUGGACAGCAUUACGGUGGAAAUCCAGGAGGAGCUGAAUCAGAGGUGGAUGAAAAGGCGACAAGCGGAGCUCUCAAAUAAAGACGCAGAAAGCAUCUCAGAAGAGACUGCAAUCAGGGUGACAGCGGCAGCCGCGGUCCCAGACAGAGAACCAUUUCCCGAGGCUGACAUUUCGUCUGAAAAUGAGUUGCUGUUAGAGGAAGAGAGAAUCAAAACGCAGCUGGACACGAGUUUGUAUAUUGGACUUCGUCUGAACACGGAUUUAGAGGCUAUUAGAGACGAUUUGGAUUUGAGCCAAGAGCUGUGGGACGCGAAAGAAAAAGAGUUAAGGGAUUUACUCGAGAAAGUGAACUCUUUGGAUUUAGAGGAAGCGGUAAAAGAGUCUGAGGGUGGCAAAGAAAGCGACUCCGUGGUAACUGAGACUGAAAUGUUGCCUUCUUUAGAGACGAACAGCGGGUGGGUGGAACAGGCCAGGGGACUGUCGAAGAAAUGCAACACUAACGACGAGGACUCGGACACCGGGUUGAGCUCCAUGCAUAGCCAGGACUCCGACAACGCAGCGGUGUGCGAGUCGCUGGUAUAAUUAUAUUCUUAAAAAAGCUGAAGAGUCGCUCAUUUAACUCAGGGAAUAGUGUUUCUCUAAACACCAUCAGCGUGUUUUCUCCGGACGACUCUGGCAUGCGUAAUUUAUUGAGGUGAUGUCACCAAUAGUAGCCUAUGAAGUUAGGCCAUGCAAAAUAGUUUGCCACGAAAAUACGCACUAGUAGUAGUGCACAGUUUAGUAACUGAUUGAUUAUUCAUGCUCGAAGUUCAUAUUCCAACAUCAGCACCAUAUUAUAAACUCUUGAGAUAGUGUAGAAAAGAGUUAUUGAUUCCAGUAUGCACAUUUGCUCGAAAAUGUUAUGCGCGUGACUUGGAACUGUUAUUUAUGACAAAUAUGUACAAAUAAGAGACAAUAAACGACUGCAUUGCAAGUGCAGAGAACAAUAUCCUGGUAGUGGGAUGUAUUUUGUAAACAAAAAACUUUAUUCUGUGGAAGUAAAGGAAGCCCGAUUAAUCACGACGUAGUGAUUCCGUGUACGCACGUGCAGGAUAGUAUUAGCAUUAACCCUCGUGCCACUCCACAUUCUUGGACAUUUUGCAUGACUUGAACCCCCUAGAGAUAUUGGUACAACAUAGGUGCUUGUCCAGUGUAUAUGACAGAGGAAAAUAAAGGUGAUUC